AUGGCAAGCUCUACCCAACGUGACACUUUCGGCCUCACUGGGACGGAGACGCGCCUUCUCCUUCUCUCUACGGUUUUCGUGAAUGAUGAUGGCAAGGUUGACUUUGACAGAAUUGCCAAGAAAACCCAUGUCGAGCCUGCUAGCGCCAAAACCGUGUACGGCAAGACCAAGAAGAAGCUCCUGAAGAACCUCGGAGACGAUGCCCCCCUCACUCCCACUAAGCGCAAGCCUCAGCCCGAGGCUGAAGCCGAGACCAAAUUCGAGGCCCUUGUCCCAGCGGACGAUUCUGAGUAG